AAUUAGUCUUGCACGAUAUAUCGAUAACGAAAAUGUAAAGCACGCCAAGUGUAUUGCAUUUCGCACAGCAAUUAUUAGUUAAUUUCAUACGCUUCCCAGCGUUUCCUGAUUCUCACGUUGUUGACUGUGCAGUGUUGAUUUCAUUUUUUUUUGCGUCACUGCGUGAAUAGCGAGUGCUGAUGCGGCCCUGAAAUGCAGUCAAUCAUUUAUCAUGCACAAUACGUGCUGCUCUUGUAUAUUUUUGUCUGAUCAUCAUAAGUAUAAUGUCUCGAAAGAUGUUGAAGGAUUCGCCAAAUGCGGCUCUGGAUAAAUCAUUAUUAAAUCGAUAUUUUGACUUACCACAGCCCGAUAACAAGUUUCAAGCUGAAUAUAUAUGGAUUGAUGGCACAGGUGAAGGUUUGAGAAGCAAAACGCGUACUCUUAACGGAAUUCCAAAUAAACCUUCGGACCUACCAAUAUGGACAUAUGAUGGAAGCUCUACAUACCAAGCUCAUGGUGAAAACAGUGAAAUUUUCCUCUGCCCGGUGGCAAUUUAUAAGGAUCCAUUUCGUCGUAAUAAUAAUAUUUUAGUUCUUUGCGAAACAUAUAAUUUUGAUCAUACUCCAACUGCUACCAAUAAGCGACUUGCAUGCAAGGAUGCUAUGGAUUCUCCUGCUGUGAAGAAAGAGGAGCCCUGGUUUGGUAUUGAGCAAGAAUAUACUUUCUUAGACAUUGAUGGCAGGCCCCUUGGUUGGCCCAAGAACGGUUUUCCUGGACCUCAAGGACCCUAUUAUUGUGGAGUAGGUGCCAAUCGCGUAAUUGCUCGUGAAAUUGUUGAGGCUCAUUACCGUGCUUGCCUCUAUGCUAAUGUACCGAUUUGCGGUACCAACGCCGAGGUCAUGCCAUCUCAGUGGGAAUAUCAAGUUGGACCAAGCGUUGGUAUUAGUGCUGGUGAUGAUCUGUGGAUUUCUAGGUUUAUACUUCACCGAAUUGCUGAAGAGUAUGGUGUAAUUGUAACCCUAGACCCCAAACCUGUGGAAGGAAAUUGGAAUGGUGCGGGAGCUCACACAAAUUUUUCAACAAAAGCAAUGCGCUCAGACAACGGCAUCAUUGAAAUCGAUAGGGCUAUCGAGAGGUUAAGUAAAAAACACAAUAAACAUAUUCAGGCAUAUGAUCCACGUGAAGGAAAAGAUAAUGAGCGUAGGUUAACGGGAAAAUGCGAGACCAGCAGUAUCCACGAUUUUAGUUCGGGAGUAGCUAAUCGCAAUGCGAGCAUUCGCGUUCCACGCAGUGUCGCUGAGGAAAAGAAAGGAUAUUUAGAAGAUCGUAGACCCAGCAGCAACUGCGACCCUUAUUCCGUUACCAAUGCUCUCGUGCGUACUUGUAUCCUUAAUGAGUAGACAAACCAAAAUAUGUUAAAUAAUACUAUGACCUGUGAAAUAUACUGGGACCUGACACAAACAGCGUUUAGAAGAAAUAUAUUAAUGCGAUAAAUAUUUUAUAUUAUUCGAGAUAUCUUUUCAAUUGUAUCAUCUAUCUAAUAUUCUGAUAUUCUCGAAUGAUUAUACUUCCAUAUUCUUGCCUAUCUAUAUAUUUUUUUUUAUGUCAAACUAUUAGGAAUUAAAGAAAGCUCAGGUAAUUUUAUAGUUAUAACUAAUUAUCGUGAAAUAUUUACAAUAAUAUAUACAUAAACAUACACACACACAUAUAUAUCGAUGUUAAUAAUCUUGCACAAUAUAUUGAUUGGAACUAU